AUUGUUUAGUAUUGUUUGGAAUGGGUUCAUCCACCUAAAAAUCUAGAUUCAUAUAAAAAGUUAACGUAGUUCUUUAUAUUUGUCAAGGCGAGACUUUAGAAACUUAAUAAUUAAAUAGGACUAAUAUUUACUGGAUAUCUUCUCACGUAGACAUUUUUUACCGGGCCAUGUAGGUUUUAACGAGAAUGGAAGUGUGGCUUCACUGCAACAGAGCCGAGCUAUGCAAGGACUGCAUCUACUCAUUGUGAUUUCAAAACUAUUGCACUGAUAUCUGCUUAUAAUUUGCUAUGGAAAUACAUCUGAAUCGCAAUUUACUAGUUUGGUGUUUGUAUUUCUGGAUUUGUCAUCUUAUUUAUCCCAUUAUCAUGGAAGUUCCUCCGAAAAUUGUGCCGCAAAUUAGUGAAAAUAGCUUAAAAGAAGGACAAAGAUAUAUAGCUACGUGUGGAAUUAGUGAAGGCGAUCCACCAUUAACUUUUCAAUGGUCAAAGAAUGGUAAACCACUGACAGAAUCCUCUCAUUUGGUAAUUCAUCGCCAAGGGGACUUUUCAACUUCUCUUAUCAUAGCAUCUGUUAAAGGUGCUGAUAGCGGAAAUUAUACUUGUGUAGUAACGAAUAAAGUUGGAUCGGAUAAUUUAAUGACGAAAUUACUUGUUUCAGUGCCACCUGCGUGGGUUCGUCAACCAUAUGACGUAUCAGUUAAAGCCGGAAACAAAUUAGUUCUUCAUUGCGAAGCUGAUGGCUAUCCAGCACCAACUGUUAAAUGGAGAAGAACAAAAGGAUUCAACAUUGCUCAAUCAUCUCCUGUAACAGAAAGCAACUGGAAGAUUAUUGACAGUGGCACAAUGAGUACUGUUUCUGCAAGAAAAGACGAUGAAGGAUUCUAUACAUGUGAAGUGGGAAAUGGUGUCGGAGAGAACUUGUCAAAGACUGUUAGAAUUGAAGUUCAAGUUCCACCGACAGUUAACGUAGAGUCAGUUCAGAAAAUGGUUAGAAAUGGCGAAGAUUCUAUAUUAGUUUGUAACAUAACUGGAGAUAAACCAUUAAAUAUUUAUUGGACUAAAGACGGAAACAAGCCAGAAGACAAUCAAAGAGCCACCCAGCCAACCUGAAGAAUUAAAGGUGAAAUCAGUAUGGAGUAGAAGUGUUCGGCUCAGUUGGUUGCAGCCUUAUAAUGGGAAUACUGUAAUUCAAAAAUACAUUUGUAUUUAUAAGAAAGAAGGUAAGGAUAAUCCCUUAGAACUAAAAAUUGAUGGAUCUCAAAUGUCAGUCAUUGUCCUUCGUUUGAAGCCAUACACGAAAUAUCAAUUUCAAGUUGUUGCUAUCAACGAAGUUGGAAGUAGCAAACCAUCAAAAAUCA